AUGCCGGCACAGACUGCGGAACGGGUCCAGAUCUUCUCCAUGUGGGAAAACAUCCGCUCUCUGCAUCGCAACCCGCCGAACCAGGCGGGAGGAGGCCGAGGCUGGGGAGCAGCCGGGUUCGAGGCGUGGUCUCGGGCGGUGGAGGCCUUCAUCAAGCAGCUGUGUUUGCAGGAGCAGUACCUGAAGGCAGCGUCUCACCUGCUGUCAAUCAACAAAGUGUACGAGGCCGUCGACCUGCUGCGAUCGAACAAACUCUACAGAGAGGCCAUAGCUCUGGUGAAGGCCAGGCUGCCGGCAGACGACCCCACCCUGAAGGAGCUGUACACCUGCUGGGCUGCUGUGCUGGAGAAGGACGGACAUUUCUCCUCCGCUGCUAAAUGUUACUUGGCUGCUGGAGCCAGUUUCGACGCGGCCAAAGUCAUCGCCAGGAAGAACGACGUCUCCUCGCUGAAGACGGCCGCCAGUCUAGCGAAGAUUUCCGGGGAGGUCGCUCUGGCUCAGUCGCUGGCACUGAGGUGCGCUAAAGACCUGGCUGCUGCUCAGAACUGGGUCGGAGCUCAGGACGUCCUCAGCUCACACGAGACUCUGUUGGUUCACCAGCUGCAUUUCAGUGUCACUGAGCUUCUGUCUGCGAUGCUGGAGGACGCCGGAGUUAUACCUCAGCCCUGCACCUCCGGUCACGCGUGGUCGUCACCAGACGAAGGUCACACCAGCAUCCAGGACCGAGUACGAGACGUGUGGGAGACGCAGUUUGGUGUCUCGCAGACGUCAGCAGGACGUCACGGCGCUGGAACUCUUCUGCAGGAGCUGAAGUCUGUGGAGAGUCCAACGCUGGGCGCUAACGUCCCUCUGAGACAGGUUCUGCUGUAUUCAUCUCUCCAUCUGACUCACUCUGUCCUGAGCUGGUUAUUGGACGAUGAUGAGCAGCUGAUAAAAGGACUGUGGCAGGCGGUGGCCUGGCUGAGAGACGCCGGACACUUCUGCGUCUCCGCAGAGCUCUGCAGGCGCCUGUUCCCCGACGACGACGUCACCGUUUAUUCCAGGAAACGUCCUAAAACUCUUCAUCUCUCAGAAGAAGGAGGCCGAGCUGCUGCCGACAGUCUGCAGGCCUUCGUCCAUUACCACCGUUUGUACGAUCGCUGGUGGAGCAACUCUGCUCACGACCAGAAGGUCCACAACGGACAUUCCCUCCCUGCCACUGACUUCCGCGCCGGAGAUGAGCCGGAGGACAAGGUGGUGAACGGAGAAUCAUCGGAGUCGGGGAAGAGCGUCCACUCGCCGACCGGAAGUUUGGACGACCUGGGAUUUGAUGCUUCGCUUCUUCUGUCUGAGUCUCACGCUGCCUGUCAGGCCACUCAGAGGUCGGUGAGGGAGAUCCAGGAGCAGCUGGCUGCCAUGGUGCAGCAGCACAGCAGAGCCCAGGGGGGGCAGCUCGAGACGGGGGAGACGCAGGCCGACACACAGACGUCCUCCGCCGCAGAGUCGUCAGACGGACACGGAUCCACUGAUGCUGAGAAACGGCCGGACGACCACCAGACUCUCCUCUCUCUGUCUCUCAAGAUGUCCGAGCUUCAGAAAGAGUUGGCCGACCUGCCGGACACCCUCAAGGCGUUUCCUCAUCCAGAUGUUCUCGAAUGUUGCCUGGUUCUGCUGCACCUCAGCGAAUCCUCACCGCCCGUCUCCGAGUCCCUGAGAAGAGACGCCAGAGACCUGCUGCGAAAACACGGCUCAGGUCCGUCCGUCCUGAGAGCGUCACAGCGUUUCCUCACCUGAGUCUUAGACUGACGAGAGCACUUCCACUGUACAGCUGUUUGUUUAAUAAAAAAAUCUUUAAUCACAA